AUGUACGAUCAUUACAUGGGAAGAAAAGGAGCCUUCCAAACAGUUCAAAAGUCAACCAAAAGCUUCAAGCUCUGGCUCACCAGCCUUUCCAACGCUCGGCAGCGAUUAUUAUAUCGUUACAGAGCACUGCUACAAAGAAAUGAAGGCCUCCCAGCUGGCCUUGGCGCACGCAAUAUUGGGGAUACUUCAAGGACCCUGCUUGAAAAGUUUCAGCGCUAUGGUUGGGCCGAAGGAGCCUUCCUCAAAAAGGAUCAAGAAGAUCAGUUCGCCGCUAUAGAAGCGUGGAUACAAAGAAUCGCCCAAACAAGCACAAAAAUGGGUGCUAUACAACAAUGA